CCCUCCAUGGCGCCGCCCGGGCUCAUUCAUUCCGCGCCAGGCCUGCCAGACACCUGCGUUCUCCUUCAGCCGCUCGCGGUCGCCGCCGGCAUGUCAGGCCCCACCGCCGAGACCCCGUCCGCCAUCCAGAUCUGCCGGAUCAUGCGGCCAGAUGAUGCCAAUGUGGCUGGCAACGUCCACGGUGGGACCAUCCUGAAGAUGAUCGAGGAGGCAGGAGCCAUCAUCAGCACCCGGCACUGCAACAGCUGGAACGGGGAGCGCUGUGUGGCCGCCCUGGCCCGCGUCGAGCGCACGGACUUCCUGUCCCCCAUGUGCAUUGGCGAGGUGGCGCACGUCAGCGCGGAGAUCACCUACACCUCUAAGCACUCCGUGGAGGUCCAGGUCCACGUGAUGUCGGAAAACAUCCUCACAGGUACUAAAAAACUGACCAAUAAGGCCACCCUGUGGUAUGUGCCCCUGUCACUGAAGAACGUGGACAAGGUCCUGGAGGUGCCUCCAGUCGUGUACUCCCGGCAGGAGCAGGAGGAAGAGGGCCGGAAGCGGUAUGAGGCCCAGAAGCUGGCGCGCAUGGAGACCAAGUGGAGGAACGGGGACAUCGUCCAGCCUGUCCUGAACCCAGAGCCCAACACGGUCAGCUACAGCCAGUCCAGCCUGAUUCACCUGGUGGGGCCUUCCGACUGUACCCUGCACGGCUUCGUGCACGGAGGCGUCACCAUGAAGCUCAUGGACGAGGUGGCAGGAAUCGUGGCUGCGCGUCAUUGCAAGACCAACAUAGUCACUGCCUCCGUGGACGCCAUCAACUUUCACGACAAGAUCAGAAAAGGCUGUGUCAUCACCAUCUCUGGCCGCAUGACCUUCACGAGCAACAAGUCCAUGGAGAUCGAGGUCCUGGUGGACGCCGACCCCGUGGUGGACAACUCGCAGAAGCGGUACCGGGCGGCCAGUGCCUUCUUCACCUACGUGUCCCUGAGCCAGGAGGGCAGGUCGCUGCCUGUGCCGCAGCUCGUGCCCGAGACCGAGGACGAGAAGAAGCGCUUUGAGGAAGGCAAAGGGCGGUACCUGCAGAUGAAGGCCAAACGGCAGGGCCAGCCAGAGUCCCAGCCCUAGGGGCCGCCCAGCGCUGGGCCUGGAGAGGCCCCAGUGUCCAGUCACGUAGAAUCCACCCCCUUGGCCAAAAACCCAACCCACACUGAGAGCCGGUGUCGUGUGAAGUGUUCGUCUUGCAGUGUUAACCUGUGCCCUCUCCCGGAAACCUACACACCAAAGCUUUAUUUCUAUGACUCCGGUGUAAGUGCUCCCGUGUUAUCCCUGCCACUGAGGUGUCCCUUGGGAAGACGCGCGCACACUACGGCGUGUGUAGAACCCAGCAUCACUAAUAAAGCUGCUCUUUGGCUGGA